AUGGUGGUUACUGUGAAUAAAGUUGUCCUUGUGUUUUUUCUGGUGUUCUUCAAUGCCCUAAAAGCUCCAGCCAUGGAUUGUCAAAUAGGUCUAGUCACUGUUCAUGUGAGCAACAAUGUUCCUCUUCCAAUAUUGACAUUCCGUUGCCAGUCCAAAGAUGAUGACCUUGGAACACACAAUCUUACAAUUGAUCAGGAAUUUAAGUGGUCAUUCUGCGAAAAUGUUUUUGGAAGAACAUUAUACUUUUGUCAUUUGUAUUGGGGGCGAAAACAAAAGGUUUUUGAUGUUUUCCGUGAUAGUUUCACUAAAGGUUUACUUCACAGGAGAACUCCUCCACAAGCUUCCUUCUCUUAUAUGACAGAGGAACUCCAUUCACCGAAUGAUUUACAAUCCUCCUUGGAGUUUUUGAUGCUAAGAAUGAGCCUUAUGACAGUACUUAGACAUGAAGCUCGGGUCACGCUGCGGCUGUCGCGGGUUGUGCGAGUCGCGCAGAAUGUACGCGGGUCGUGCGGGUUGUGCGCGGUCGCUUACGGGCUGUGUAGGUCACCUGCAACAGCGCGUGGUGGUGUGUCUGAUGAGGCUGAAUACGCUGUUGGUUGUGUUGGCCUCUAG